AUGCGCCGCAGGGUCUGGAUGCUUAUUAUGGAUUUGGAUACAAUGCUUUCUCUCUCGGUGGGUCUGCCCCGACUUCUUCGAGAAUUUCAAUCAGACUCGGCUAUGCCGCGAAACCUCCUGGAUACCGAUUUCGAUGAAGACACAGUCGAGCUCCCACCCUCUCGACCACCCUCUUUCGAGGGCCCCUGUCAGUGGCUUGUGUCGAAGCACAGAGUCACAUCGAUUUACGGGAUUAUCACCGAUUUUUCCACCUCCAUCCGCCGUCCAAGCUAUGCAGAGGUAAUGCAUUUGGAUAAGCUUCUCUGCGAAACAUACGCGUCCACCCCAGAGAACUUGCGCGAGAAGCCCUUGAACAAGUCUCUCAUGGACAGCUCUCAGGUCACCAUCCGUCGUAUCCAAUUGCGGCUCUUAGUGUCCAAGGCAAAAUGCGUGUUACACUAUCGCUACUUAGCACCCGCAAGGACAGACGAGCGGUAUGCCUACUCUCGCAAGACCUGCAUCGAGGAGGCUCUCUGUAUAGUCCGGUACCAUCAUCUGAUGCAGCAAGAGACGGAGCCUGGUGGUCGUUUCUGGCGCGAGAGGUGGAAGAUAGCAUCACCAAUCAUGCGAGAAACUUGGGUUAUGGGGAGCACUUUGUUAUGUCUGGAGCUCAAUUUUGACUUAUCCGAUGGUGAUCCUAAUUCCAAGCGCAUACCGUUGUCUCAGAACACAAGAAAGCAGAUCAUCUCUGCUUUACGGAAGUCGCGUGCGAUCUGGUACGAAUCAAAUGAUACUCACAGCGAGCCUAAGCGAGCGAUGAAAGCGCUCGACGUGGUUUUCGAUAAGGUUCACAAACAGGACGAAGCCACGUCGCGAAAGGCCGCUGAACAGGCGACUGAGAAGAUGGGGGAGACGGUUCCCAAUGAAAAUUUAUCAGCAGAUUUUCUCAUGCAAGACAACGAAUUUUCAUGGCCUGAAUUAGAAAGCGCCAUGUUCUUGAACCAGUCCAUCAGCGUUCCAAAUUUUGAAACUGAUCUUUUUGAUUCACCUUUCACGCCGUCUGACGUAGCCCCAGACUUAUCAGGCCUUACCAACAGUGUCGACGAAAUGCUCGGUGUCUCCAUGAACUACCCUCGGUUCGAUCACUGA